GCUGGCUGGGGACACGGCGAUUCAGACAGUUAGCAGUUAGUUGGGGGAAUUGUUCAUGCUACUUUGUAUGCGUUAUUUGUUAUUUACUACGUUUUUGGAACAGAUUCCUGUUGUAAACGCAUACACUUCAGUUGGUUGUGUUGCGCUGCCUAUGUUAAAGAAAAUGAAGGAUUAUCGUAUGCGAGGAGUGGUCGGAAACAUUUUCAACAGAUGGGUGGUCUGUCUGUUUCUGGAACUCCACUCGGCUGUCUCCAGUGCGGAUCAUCCGGUUCUUGUUGUUGGUUCAACGGACCCUGUUCGUGGCAUAGUUGGCAGGGAUGUCAUCUUGCCUUGUUUCCUGAGACCUACCACAAGUGCUGUUGAAGAGUCCGUAGAGUGGCAGAGACCAGUUCUAGAGCCAAAAGAGGUGCAUUUGUACCGAGACCGUAGUGAUGACAAUGUGAUCCAGUAUCCAUCCUACAGUGGUAGGACGUCACUGUUCAGGGAAGAACUGAAUAACGGAAACGUCUCACUAAAGCUGACCAAUGUGAAACUCUCUGAUGCUGGAAAUUACACCUGUUACAUACCAACGUUAGGCCACCAGAAAACCACCAUUGAACUCUAUGUCGGUGCAGCCCCUCGGCCAUGGCUUUCCAUUGUGAGAACCAAAGACAAGGAAGUGGUCCUGAAGUGUGAGGCAGAAGGGUUAGUCUAUAAGCCUGAGUUGGUGUUGCUGAACAGUAAGGGAACCCUCCUCCCUGCUGAUGAACCUACAGAGAGACCCAUGGAUUCCGAGGGCUUGUACACAGUGACACGCUAUUUCACUGUCCAGAAGACUGCCACCAAUGUGUUCACCUGUCGAGUUCAACAGCUGGAGAUCAAACACAUGAGGGAGACACAGAUUCAUGUUCCAGACAAAAUAUUUCAAGAGGAAUACCCCUUGGGAUGGAAAGUUGGAAUUGGAUUUCUAGGAGCUGUUGUAGGAGGUGUUGUAGGAGCUGUUGUAGUUUUUCUGUUCAUGCGGAGAAACGCGGAAGGAACCAAUAGCGGGCAUGCAGUGGGAUGUAACAGGAAUGCCGUCCCCCUGGUUCCUGUUCUCGAUAACUUCAAUGUAAAUGGCCAUCCUAAUGGUGUACGUGUGUCACAAUCUGGAGAAUGGGACAGCCAACAUAUCCUUGAUUGAUUCCACCAGCCACCCUCUGCGAUGUAAUUGAGAGAGACACUUAUCACCUACAGUGAAGCCGCUCAACAUUUACCAUACAAGACAGUCGUGAAGAGGUAUGGUAUGGCAACUGCUUGGCC